CACACACACACACACACACACACACACACACACACACACAUCGCUCUACAACUGGCAGAAAAAAGAAAAACCCCAGACAUGGAUGACCCACUCACAAAAUGGCUCCACUUACACUGUAACAUCAACAACACGGCUGGAACGGACGUAGUGGACUCGAACGAGUGGUGACGGUAUAAAAAUGAUGGAAAAACGGCAGCUGGAGCUUUGUCCUGGAAGUCCUGGGGCAGAUCCCGGCCCUGGAAAGCGGGAGGACUCCACCAACAUCUCCCGGCAGAACGGAUGCACGGAGGACGAUGAGCCGAGGAGAGAGGAGGGGGGAGAGGAGAGGGGAGGGCGCUUCAAGGGGGUUGAGGAGACGGAUGACGUUCCUCUGCAGAACUCGAGCAACGGGACCAGCAUCAGCAUCAUCAUCAACGGCGUUGCCAAGGAAACUGCCUCUCACAACGCCCUUGACCUGAAAAGGGAAGUGCCGGUGAUCGAGCUCUCCAGGAGGGACGCUAUAAAAGCGGGGGAGCUGAGGACUGAGAGCCAUUUGGUGCCGAUCACGGAACUUCGCAGACCUCCACCGCUGCCGCUGCCGCCGCCGCAACGAGACGACGCUCGAAUGGUCCAACUGAGCCCAAACGCGUUUCCUGUCCCGGCCCGGGCGAUGCUCUACAACCUGGCACAGCCUCUCGCCACCAUCAACAGUCUUGGAGGAGAGUCGGAGCAGUACAGCAUGUACCCCAGCAACAGGGUAAAGCGCCGCCCGGCGCCUUAUGAGGUUGAACUCGACGAGGGUAGGCGCAUUUUAGAUCUUUAUAAGUAUGCUGGCCAGCCAAAGAUCGUGCGCCGCAUCUUCACCAACAGUCGUGAACGCUGGCGGCAGCAGAACGUCAACGGGGCGUUCGCGGAGCUUCGCAAACUCAUCCCCACCCACCCCCCGGACAAGAAGCUGAGCAAGAACGAGAUCCUGCGGCUGGCCAUGAAGUACAUCAGCUUCCUGUCCAACCUCCUGGAGGACCAGGACGGAGGUAGGAAUGUUGGCGGCACGACUGAUGGGGACACAGGGCUGCUGGUGGGGGUGGGUCCCCACGAGGGAGGCCCUCAGGGUGGACCGCAUCAGGACACGGUGGUGGGUUUGGCCAGGGACGAUCUCCUGGAGACAAUGUCACCGGGCUCCAGCUGCGGGAGCCUGCCGGACGGCGACGCCGAAGGCAGCCCGGAGAGCUUCAUGGAGGACCACGACUCGCCUCCAGCGCCAAGGACUCUAACAAGGCCCCCCCUGCAUCUAGCUACCCGGGAUCUCAGGCGCAAUGGACGUACAUUAGACGGCUCCGGUCGCCGAUGAUGCCACGUGACCGCGAACACGAUGCCUGUAACUGAGAGAGAACAAUGAAAAAGACUUGAAAAAGCUCAGGACACUCUUAACAUUAAGGUGUUUAAAGCUCCAAGUAGAGAGAAAGUGGCUUUCAAAUGGAUCUUGACCACAUGUUUGUCUCCACACGACACCUGAGAGAGUGCUGAUGAUUAGACUCGAUUGGUUAAAUCCAAUCCUGCAAAAAAAAGAACAAUUUGUAAAUUCUGCAUGUCUCACGUCUUUGACUGACUUGCGGAUUUUAACUUCUUGUCUUUAACUUCUAGUACUUCAACAAUGUACUAAAUGUACUAAAAUGCACAGAAAUGUACUAAAAGCACAGACACACACCUACAAAAGGAAGAACGAACAAAACAAGUCAAAGCCAAACAAUAAUCAUCAAGAGAGUUAUUGACAAUUUUCCCAUCAAUGUUUCGCUAAUAAUACUACUGACUUUAACAGUAAUUAAAUGGUCCAAAGUGUUAAUAAACCAACAUGAACAUUUGUGCCCAACUAAUUGAAUGUGUUAAAGCGAUGACACAAAAGUAAGUUUGCCUCAUUUGGAGGCCGAGAUCGUGAGUGUGGACCCUAGUUGGACCCAUGCAGUCCCGCAUCUAUUGUAUAUAGCAUUAUAUUUCCACUGCACAAUGUAAUAACAGUGAUUCGAGUCGAAGUCCUGUGGUUGAAGUUGUACCAUAGUGUGUUUGUCAGUGGGUUUACUAGCAGACGUGUCUGUCGCGAGACAAGAAACGGGGACGAAAUGAAGGGAAACGCAAGGAACUGAAACCAUAAAGCAACGGAUCCCGGCACAUCCAACGUGGUACCAUUCGCUUCUGUCACUCUCUGGUGAUGGGAUGACGACAGCAACAGACAGUCCGACACAACUUCACCUUCAUGAGAACGAACGCAACCGUAUGAAAUUGCUGUGGAGGUACAAGGAAUGCAGUGUUUCAUAGGGUGUACAAACUAUGGGUCACAGGCGAUCACCAGGUGACGCGUGCAGCCAUUUUGAUAUGAAUGUCUGUUUCAGUGUUUUUUUUUUAACUGUAAUGCAGUUGUAGUUUAGUAAGGUACACAAACAAAUCUCUUCAUUGCCAUCAUCACUCAUGCGCAUACAGACUCUGAGAUGGAAGCAAACGCACACCACACACACACACGCAGUGUUAAUAUCAUAGCAGCACCAGCAGUUUUCUGAGAAACAACCUAUUAAAUAUUGAUUGCUGUUGUUGGUUAUCCUGCUCUUUCAGCAGGACUUACAGUAGUAGCCUAUAUUGGUACCUUUGGUAACUAUGGUAUUUUAUGAAUUGCAGUAAAGGGACAUUGUACGUUUGGUAAUGACAUAUUUGUUGUAAGAUAACUGUAUCUAAAAAUAUAUCCGAUGUCAGAUUGAUGAAUUUUAUACAAAACCACUGAAUAAAACAUGCAGAGAAAAAACUUUGGAUUUGA